AUGAGAAAGGUCCCAAGGCCGCCACCCAUUCAGUCAAGAUACGUGCAGACAAACAAGACAAAAUGGUGUGAAUUUCAUCGGGGAUACGGGCACCACACAGACGACUGUUAUAACUUGCAAAACGUUAUUGAACGGUUGAUCAAAGAAGGGGAGUUACAAAAGUAUGUGAGAAGAAAAGGAGAUGGUGAUAACGAAGAUAAAUACCGGCGACAAGACCGUAGUCGGAGCCCGCCUGGAGGAAGAAGCCAAGAUGCUAAUAAGCCGCGUUUCAAAAAGGAAAGAAAAAAGACGGGAAAACAAGUAGUUUUCAAAGACUUGGACGAAGAGAUAAUAAAUCCAGAGCAUGAUGAUACUCUAGUGAUUUCAGGAUUGCUAGCAAACUAUCGAGUUAAUAGAAUGCUGGUAGAUUCAAGUAGCUCAGUGGACAUUAUAUUUUGGGACGCAUUUAGAAGAAUGGAUUUGGAUUAUGAACAGUUGGAACCAUGUGGAGCCGAGCUGCUAGCCUUCACAGGAGAUAAAAUUAAGCCAUUGGGAUAUAUCCCAUUGAGGUUGACUUUAGGCAAGGCACCCACGCAUAAAACGGUCACCUUGUCAUUUGCAGUGGUAGAUUUGAGCUCGGCGUACAAUAUUAUUUUGGGGCAACCAUUCAUGAAGAAGUUUAAGAUCUUUUUAUCGAUUGAUCAGUUGGCUAUGAAAUUUGUGGCCAAAGAUGGGUCAGUGGCUACGAUAAAGGCGGACCAAGUGGUUACUCGAAGUUGCUAUAAUAUGAGUUUACGAGUUCCGCAAGCAAGUAACGGAGAAAGAAUGAUGGAGCCGGCAAGAAAAGCCAAAGAAGAAAAUAUGCAAGGAGAAAAGGAGGGAAAGAAAGAAGAACGGGUUCUUACACCGGAACCCGCUAGAGAUAUGGAAAAAGUUCAAUUAGGGAUAUCUCAACAGCAGUGUACGAAGAUGGGUUCCGAGUUGGAACCCGAGGUGGCAUAG